AUGAAAUUUUUGGGUCUUAUUUUUUGGACGUUUCAAAAUGAUUUGAUGAGUCAAAGUACUUCAUCUCAAGAAUCAGUUUCAAAAUUGCAAAAAGUUAAACCCAAGAAAGUUGAUGUUUUUCAAGGAAUGUUUGAAAAAGAGAAAAUCAAAGUUAAAUCUUUGCCAUUGAAUGAUUUCAUUUCUAUGCAUAAAACUAACGAAAUUGACUUAAUCGACAAAAUCAAAACCAAAAUAUUAUGUGACGAACAAUAUGAUGAGAAUUGGUAUAUCGAUAGUGGGUGCCCAUGUCACAUGGCUGGUCGUAAGGAGAAUCUAAGGGGUUUUAGGAAACUUGUAAAUGUUGAAGCAGUGACGUUUGGGAACCACCACAAAUGUAAAGUAAAGGGAUAUGGAAAAGUUAUGAAUGGGAAAUUUACUGUAAACAGGGUCGCUUAUGUUGAAGUAUUAAAGCAUAUUCUAAUAAGUGUUUCUCAACUCGUUGUUGGAACUAGGAAGCAAAUGUUUUUUGAUGAAGAAGGAAGUAUAUCAAACAAGGAAAUAAAGGAUGUCUUGUUGAAGUCGAAGAUGAAGGGAGGUAUGUUCACUCUGGACAUGAAACCUAUCAUUGGCAUUCCUUCUAUUUGUCAAAUAUUGAAGGCUUCUUCUGACCUCAGUUGGCUUUAA